GGACAAAUUGUCUAAAACUAUGACAUCCACAUAACAAUAAGGUGAUUAGAUGGAUUUUUAUUUGUUUCUUGUACUGCUAAUUAGAUGAUUUUUAUAAACUUCUUUGAUUCUUGAAAUGGAAUCGAAUAAACACUCAUCUCUGGCAUUUGAUUACUUUGAUGGAGUCCUUAAUUACAUUAAUCAGAUGCUAAUGGAAGAAGAGGAAGACUUAGAGAAUAGGCCUUGUAUGCUUCAAGAUUCAUUAGCUCUACAAGCUACUGAGAAAUCCUUUUAUGAUGUCCUUUCUGCAGGCCAACAAUUAAUUGAACAUACUUGUGUGAAUUAUUGUACGGGAAAAGGGUCAAAAAUACCUUCGACGUUAUGAAGAUUUUAGUGACUCUGUAGAAGGGCCAACAAGUAGUAAACAUUUAGCCAGUUGUUCAGAAGGAUUAGAUCAGACAGAGUUGUAUGAUACAACACUACUUUGUUCUUCCAUGAAUCCUGGAUUUUAUAGUGAUCCGCCAUGUUGUCAGAAUACUGAUGGUUAAAUAGAGGAACAACUACCUUAUAAGCCAUCGUAUGUUGAAUCAAGAAUGCCAAAACGAGUAGUAGAUUUGUGGAGUCUAUUAACUCAAUGUGCACAAGCUAUGGCAAAUUAUGAUACUAGGAUUGCCCAUGAUAAGCUGAAGCUGAUUAGGCUACACUGUUCUCCAUAUGGUGAAGCAACAGAAAGAAUGGCACACUACUUUGCUGAUGCCCUCGAGGCUCGUUUGGCUGGCACUGGAAUAGAACUGUAUACAGCUUUUGCAAAGAGAACAAUACUGUCUUACUGAACUCACAUACUUUAGAUCCUAAAUUCGCCUUUGUUUCAGGUGUAUGUUACAGCAUGCCCAUUCAGGAAGAUGUCUAACAUAUUUGCUAACAAGUCAAUUGGGAUGCUGACAAGGGAAGCGACAAGUAUACACAUUAUUGAUUUUGGCAUUCUGUAUGGUUUCCAAUGGCCAUGUUUUAUUCAGGGAAUUUCCCUUAGGCCAUCAGGACCUCCUAAACCUCGCGUCACAGGAAUUGAUUUUCCACAACCUGGAUUCAGACAAGCAGAGAGAGUUGAGGAGACAGGUCAUCGACUAGCAAAGUAUUGCAAGAGAUUUAAUGUCCCUUUUGAGUAUAAUGCUAUAGCUAAGAAAUGGGAUUCUAUACAGCUGGAGGAUCUCAAGAUAAACAGAGAUGAGAUGCUUGUUAUUAAUUGCUUAUACAGGCUCAUAAAUGUGCCUGAUGAAACAGUAUACGAAAACAGUCUAAGGGAUGAUGUGAUAAGAUUGAUUAAGCAAAUAAAGCCUGAUGUUUUCCUUCAUGGAAUUGUUAACGGGGCAUAUAACUCAACUUUCUUUGUAACUCGAUUUAAAGAAGCACUAUUCCACUUCUCUUCUCUGUUUGACAUGAUGGAGGCAACUGUACCGCGUGAAAAUCAAGAGAGAGUGCUGUUUGAGAAAGUGAAUUUCGGGAAGGAAAUUAUGAAUUGUGAAGGUACUGCAAGAGUUGAAAGGCCAGAACCAUAUAAGCAGUGGCAGUUGAGAAACCAGAGAGCAGGAUUUAGGCAGCUUCCAUUAGACCAGGACAUAGUUAAAGGAGUGAGGGCCAAGGUGCAACGGCGAUACCAUAAGGACUUUCUGGUGGAUGAAGAUGGUUACUGGAUGAUGCAGGGAUGGAAAGGCAGAGUUAUAUAUGCUCUCUCCUGUUGGAAAACUGUUGAUAAUUGAUCAUUCAGAAGUCCAAUUAUACUUUAACAAACUGAACUAUUUGAUUUUAUCAUGUGUACUGGCUACUGGCACUUAAAUGGUCUCCCUUUGGGUUCUUGCACAUCUUUUUCUUCUCUGUCAUCUUUGAUUAAGCCUGACACAUUCAUUGGUGUAAGGUGACCUUCUUGACUAUUGAAUCCUUGUUUACUCCAUUAUUUCAAU